AUGUCCACGGAAGUUAUCGAGUUUUUUAAAAAACUUUUAGGCUCCCGUUAUCCUAAUGUUAAAGGUUGCUCUUCUAAAAUGCUUAAAGACUUGAUGCACUCUAUUCCUUCCAUUGAAGAAUCUGAAGCUCUUGUUAAGGAAGUCACCAGCGAAGAGAUCAAAGAUGUUUUAUUCAGUCAGGGUAAUGAUAAGGCUCCUGGUCCAGACGGUUUUACUUCUUUCUUCUUCAAGAAAGCCUGGCCAGUAGUCGCUCUGGAAUUACCUCCCAAAUUCACUGAAUGGAUUGUUUCCUGCUACUCUGAUGCAAGAUUUUCCGUUGCUUUUAAUGGCAGUUUGAUUGGUUACUUCAAGGGUGCCAAGGGAAUUAGGCAAGGGGAUCCACUUUCCCCUAUUUUAUUUGUCCUGGUCAUGAACGUCCUUUCCAAUAUUCUCAACAAUAUUGCUUCUAAAAGGAUUUUUGCUUUCCACCCUAAAUGUAAGAAUAUUGGACUUACCCACCUGUCAUUUGCGGAUGAUUUAUUAAUUUUCUGCAAAGGAAACAUUGAGUCUGUUUUGGGUAUCAUCACUGUCUUGGAUUGUUUUUAUGAAUUUUCUGGACUGAAGCUAAACGCAGGUAAAUGUGAGGUUUUCACUGCUGGAAUUCCUGCUCAAAGACUUGAUUCUAUUAUCUCAUCUUCUGGUUUUAAACAUGGUAAUUUACUUGUUAGAUAUAUUGGGGUACCGCUUGUCACCAUAAAGUUAGCCGAUAAAGAUUGUCAUGCUCUCCUAGGCAACAUAAAGAACAGACUCCAUCAAUGGUCUAGGAAGACAAUGAGCUAUGCACGCUCGGAUAUUCCUACUAAAGGAGCAAGGGUGAGUUUGGGUAACAUUUGUAAAUCGAAAUCAGAGGGGGGUCUGGGAUUGAAAGACAUUAAGUCCUGGAAUAAUGCCUGCCUAAUUCAUCUAACCAGGAAAUUACUUGCGGGGGAAGGCUCUUUAUGGGUGGCUUGGAUUCAUAGCUACAUAAUCAAGCAACAAGACUACUGGACCAUGGAUGAUUCAACGAGAUUCAGCUGGAGCUUCAGGCGUUUACUGAAAUUAAGAAGUAUUGCUCAACCAGUCCUUGCAACAGCUGCAAAAAGCACGAAAGAAAUAUAG